AUGCUCAACCGACUCCGCCAGUCGGUGUACCACGCCCCGUCGGCGUCCCUCCCCGGCAGCAGCAGCGAGGACGCACGCUCACCAACGCGCAUCAAGACGUGGCCCACGCUACCUGGACUGUGGGGGGAAAGCGGCGGCAGCAUGUCGUCUCCAGCAUCGUCCUCAUCAACACCACGGCCGAGCCGCACGCCGCACGGCUCCGUGUCUGCUUCGGCCCCAGCAAGCCCACGACCACCACGGCCUGACCCGGCGACCGCGGCCGCAAUGCAGCACUUUGCGCGCGAGCUCGCGUCAAUCAAGUCGGCGCUCGAGGCGCGUGACGACGAGUGCGAGGCCCUCAAACGCCAGUUGGAACAGGUCGACAGCUACAAGGCGCAGCUCGAGGCCGAGCUCCCGUCGUCGUGGCUGAGCACGGCGCGCGCGCAGCAGGAGCUCAUGUCGCACCAGUCUGCAUCGCACGCGGGCAGCGCGUCAGACGAGAUGAUCCAAGCGCUGCAGGACAUGCUGGACACGGUGCCCGAGGGCGUCACGAUCGGGAACCACGGCCCGCUGCUGGUGCUCUUUGAGCGCGAGGUGGCGCGCCGCGAGGCGGCCGACCGCAAGGUCGCGCGCGAGAUAUACCGCCGCGUCACUGUCGAGGGCCAGCUCGCCGUCGCGCAGCACCGCGCCGCUGUCCUCGAGCGCCAGGUGAACGUGCGCGAUGCGCAGCUCGAGGUCGCCGAGCUCCGCCAGGCGGCCGCAGAGCGCGACAAGACGCGCGCAGAGCACGACCUCGUGCUCAUCAAGUCGCAGUUCGACUUUAUCGAGGCCCGUCUCCGCGGAUACAUGGUGCAGGAGCGCACGACGCGACCAGGACCAGUUGCAUGUACCUACCCCUAG